UCAUCUCUCUCUGUCUCUCUCCCUCCCUAUCUGCUCUAGUCUGUUAAAACACCACCUCUACUCUCUCUCUCUCUUCUUGCAAAUGGAAGCAAGGGAGCUCAUGAAAAGAUAGAGCCAAAACCAUAAGAAAAUAGCAGAACCAAGCCAAAGAUGAAAGCUAAGAGCACUAGUCUUUUCUACAACAGUUUCUUUCUGUGUUUUGCCGUGCAGCCAAUCUGUGUUUUUUUUCUUCUUCUUCUUCUGGUGCUGUUCAUCUUCUUUCUCCCUCCAGCUGCUUCAGCAGCUCCUCUCAAUGGCCUCCUCAGGGACUCACAGCACCUAUUGUCCUUCAAAGCCACCAUUCCUGACCAAACCCCCCUACAAAACUGGGUAUCCACUGCAAACCCAUGUAGCUUCACUGGUGUUACAUGCAAGGGCUCGAGGGUGUCUUCUAUAGAUCUCGAGAGCACUAUGCUCAGCGUGGAUUUUGGGGUGGUUUCUGCUUUCUUGCUGGGGGUUGAGAACUUGGAGAGGCUCGUGUUGAAGAACACCAAUCUGAGUGGCUCACUCACUUCUGCCUCAAAAUCCCAAUGUGGGGCUUCUCUCAGCUACCUAGAUCUAGCUGAAAACUCCAUCUCAGGCCCUGUUUCUGAUAUCUAUAGCCUUGGUGGGUGCUAUAAUCUCAAGGCUCUGAACCUCUCCAGGAACUCUAUGGACCCUCCUCCUCCUGGGGCAGGGGCAGGGGCAGCAACCAUUAGCCUUCAAAGUCUUGAUCUUUCAUACAAUAAUAUUUCAGGUCAGAACAUCUUUCUCUUGCUGCCCCCUGCUGAUUUUGCUGAGCUUCAGCUCUUGUCUUUGAAGGGUAACAAGUUAUCAGGAAACAUUCCAGAAUUGAGUUUCAAGAAUUUGACUCAUUUGGACCUUUCUGCCAAUAAUUUCUCCAUAAAUUUCCCUUCAUUUCAAGACUGCUCUACUUUGCAGCAUCUUGAUCUCUCAUCCAACAAGUUCACUGGUAAUAUUGGGGCCUCCCUUUCUUCCUGCCCCAACCUCAGUUUCCUCAAUCUCACCAACAAUAAGUUUGGGGGUGCUGUCCCUAAGCUCCCCACUGGGAGCUUGCAGUAUUUGUACCUUAGAGGGAAUGAUUUUCAAGGGGUCCUUCCACAGCAUAUUGGAGAUUUAUGUAGCACUCUUGUGGAAUUGGAUUUGUCUUUCAAUAAUUUAUCAGGUAUGGUCCCUGACAACCUUGUUGCUUGCUCAGCCUUGGAACUCCUUGAUAUCUCCAACAAUAAUUUCUCUGGUGGGUUGCCUGUUGAAACCCUACUCAAGUUGACUAGCUUGAAGACACUGGAUUUUUCAUUCAAUAAUUUUGUGGGUAGCUUGCCUGAGUCAUUGUCUAGCCUGGUGAAUCUAGAGACCUUAGAUUUGAGUUCUAAUAAUAUCUCUGGUUCCAUUCCCUCUGGGAUUUGUAAAGACCCUAGAAAUAGCCUCAAAGUGUUGUACCUUCAGAAUAAUCUGCUCCAUGGCCCAAUACCUGAGACCCUAAGUAACUGUUCACAACUGGAAUCUCUUGAUCUUAGCUUUAAUUUCCUCAAGGGGAAGAUACCAUCUAGCCUUGGGUCCUUGUCGAAGCUCAAGGAUUUGAUCAUUUGGUUGAAUCAGCUGGAGGGGGAAAUCCCGUCGGAGCUCAUGUAUUUGCAGUCCUUGGAAAAUUUGAUUCUUGAUUUCAAUGACUUGUCGGGGAGUAUCCCCGAAAGCCUCAGCAACUGUACUCGUUUGAAUUGGAUUUCUUUAUCCAACAAUCUCUUGAGUGGUGUUAUACCGGCUUCAUUAGGGCAGUUGUCUAACCUAGCCAUUCUGAAGUUGGGUAACAACACAUUCUCUGGAAGCAUACCGGCUGAGUUGGGGUAUUGCAGCAGCUUGUUAUGGUUGGAUCUCAACACCAAUUUAUUGAAUGGGACUAUUCCGCCCGCUCUGUUCAAACAAUCCGGCAAGAUCGCGAUGGCAUUGCUCACCGGGAAGCAGUAUGUGUACAUUAAGAACGACGGAAGUAGGGAGUGCCAUGGAGCAGGAAAUUUACUGGAAUUUGGUGGGAUUACACAGGAACGGCUGGACAGGAUUUCAACAAGGCACCCUUGCAAUUUUACUAGAGUCUACAAGGGCAUUACCCAGCCAACAUUCAACCACAAUGGAUCCAUGAUUUUCCUUGACCUUUCUUACAAUCAGUUGGAAGGCAGUAUCCCGAAGGAAUUAGGUUCCAUGUACUAUCUCUCUAUUCUGAAUUUGGGGCAUAACGAUCUCUCUGGUCCAAUACCUCAAGAUCUUGGAGGCUUGAAGAAUGUUGCAAUUCUUGAUCUCUCACACAACCAACUCAAUGGCACGAUUCCACAGUCUUUGACCAGCCUCACAUUGCUUGGGGAUAUUGAUCUGUCAAGUAACCAGCUUUCUGGGAUUAUACCCGAAUCAGCUCCUUUUGACACAUUUCCAGAUUACAGGUUUGCAAAUAAUUCUGGCCUUUGUGGAUACCCUCUCGCCAAGUGUGGCUCAGCAUCAAGUUCUAGUGCAAACCAGCACAAGUCCCAUCGCAGGCAAGCAUCCGUUGCAGGAAGCGUGGCGAUGGGGUUGUUGUUUUCUCUCUUCUGCAUCAUCGCUUUGCUUAUAGUUGCCAUAGAAGCAAAGAAGAGGAGGAAGAAAUCAGAGGCUUCUCUCGAGAUGGACAGCCAUUCCUUUUCUGGAACUGCACACACUGACUGGAAGCUAACCAGUAUCCGUGAAGCAUUGAGCAUCAACCUAGCAACCUUCGAGAAGCCUCUCAGAAAACUGACCUUUGCAGAUCUCCUCGAAGCUACCAACAACUUCCACAAUGACAGCCUGAUUGGGUCUGGUGGUUUUGGUGAUGUGUACAAAGCCCAGUUGAAGGAUGGAAGUGUUGUUGCCAUUAAGAAGUUGAAAUAUGUGAGUGGGCAGGGAGAUCGAGAGUUCACUGCUGAAAUGGAGACCAUUGGGAAGAUUAAGCACCGGAAUCUCGUCCCUUUAUUGGGCUACUGCAAGGUUGGUGAAGAACGGCUUUUGGUUUACGAGUACAUGAAGUAUGGAAGCCUAGAGGAUGUUCUGCGGGACAGGAGGAAGCACGGAGUGAAGCUAAAUUGGGCUGCAAGAAGGAAAGUUGCCAUAGGAGCUGCAAGGGGAUUGGCCUUCCUUCACCACAACUGCACUCCACACAUUAUCCACAGGGACAUGAAAUCGAGCAAUGUCUUGCUCGACGAAAACUUGGAAGCUAGAGUUUCUGAUUUCGGGAUGGCAAGGCUAAUGAACACUGUGGACACUCAUUUGAGCGUCAGCACCCUAGCAGGCACUCCCGGAUAUGUCCCUCCCGAGUACUACCAGAGCUUUAGAUGUUCAACCAAAGGAGAUGUGUAUAGCUAUGGUGUCGUUCUGCUCGAGCUGCUCACUGGCAAACAGCCAACAGACUCCCCAGAUUUUGGCGACAACAAUCUCGUUGGGUGGGUAAAGCAGCAAGCGAAAAUAAGAAUUCGUGAUGUCUUCGAUCCAGAGUUACUGAAAGAAGACCCGAGCUUAGAACUCGAGCUUCUAGAGCACUUGAAAGUAUCGGUGGCUUGUUUAGACGAUCGGCCUUUCAGACGCCCCACAAUGAUUCAGGUCAUGGCAAUGUUCAAGGAGAUUCAAGCAGGUUCUGGGAUUGAUUCCUCAUCCACAAUUGCUGCAGAAGAUGGUGGUUUUCACACAGAAGGGGUACACAUGAGCAUCAAAGAAAGCAUAAAAGAAGGCAAUGAGCAUUGAUCAGAUCAGAAGAGCAAUCUCCCAUGACUAGAAUCUAAGCAAUUUUUGCAAGGAUUCUUCGAAAAGGAUAAAUUGGCUUCGAUCUAAAUUUUCCCCUCAUGUCAUCAAAAAGUUUAUGAAGGAACUGCCAGUGUAUUUUUUGGAAAAUGUUGUAUGUACCAUUAGUGCCAUGAAGAAGCUAAGAAGAAAAAGAAAAAAAAGAAGAAUCUUGAUAUUAUACAUAAAAGAGGUUGUUAUACUUGUAACACUGUUGUACAUAAAUACGGAUGGGAGUACUAGUUUGAGUUUGUGAUGCCACUUGCUUUUUCUUUCUGCA